AGUGUCAAAACCACAUCUGUCCGAUUGUCAAUGUCUCUGUUGAUUACUUCGUCUUAUAAAUAACAAAAUAUUAUUUUUGAGAUCUUUGAAAAGUUCGCUAUGAGUAAUCCACAAGAAAUACCGAAAUUGUCACACUCUGAUGACCAGAAUCAUAAUGAAGAUGCAAUCGCUGGCCCAUCAAAUAUGGAAUCCCCGCCGAAAAUAUUCAAAUUGAACAUCGAUUGCUUUGACGAGAUAUUUGAAUAUUUGAACGUGAGAGACUUGCAUUCAUUCGGUCUAACAUGUAAGCGUUUGAACAAAGUGGCCGGCGAAUACUUCAAACAAAAUUAUUCAUCGGCUCAUAUAAUGUGUGACAACGAUGGAGUUUACAUGUGUGAUUGGGAUAAAGAUGACAUAAAAGACCGUAUAUUUGGUUUUAAUAAGUUCAUUCCGUGUAUUUCAUAUUUUUAUGACGAUUUCAGCCGCUUUACAUAUACUAAAUCUCAUAUCAAUGAGUUUGAGUCAGUUAAUAAAAUUUAUCUAGCGGAAAUAGAUAUUUAUAACGAAACAGUUGAGCAUUUUAAACAACUUUUGCCCCAACUAGAAAUUAUACAACACGAAUAUUGUUCAGUAGAUGGUGACUUUUACGAUUUGAUAUUGAAAUAUUGUAAGAAUUUGAGAGAGAUUUAUGUUCAGAAUUCGGAUGUUGGUAACCGAAUAAAUGGUAAACUCAACUGGUUAUUACAAAAAUAUCCCAAGCUUGAACGUUUCGAAUUGAGGCCUUGUUUUUCUCGAAUUGAAGAGCUAAGUGAUUUUUUCAUCAACCAUCCAAAUUUGCAAAGAUUUUCAACAACUACAAAACUUUUGUGGGACAACGCUGACAUACUUUUAAAUUCCAAUGCAAAAUUGGAUAUAUUGGAACUCGGGGGAUUUUACUUUCAUAUGCCUUCAUCAUAUGAAAUACAACCGUUGAAAAUUUUGACCGACUUAAUAAAUCGACUCCAUGAACAAGGCUUCUAUAAGCGACUAUACAUUCACACCAAUAGAUUAAACGAAGAGAACAGCACUUCAUUAGCCUCACUUAAAGGUCUUGAGUUAUUGUACAUUUUGUCAUCCGAGAAGAGUUAUAAUUUAGCUCAAUUGACCAAUCUGAGAGAAUUAAUGAUUUUGGAUGGAUCGAAAGCCAAGGAUAUGGAAAUUGUAGCAAAUGGACUGAUGAAACUCGAACGUCUUUACAUUGAGGAGGCUAAUAUCGAUGACAUUAUGCCAUUCAUUCGUCGAUCACCGAAAUUGAACAAAAUCAAAUUUAAGCCUAAAGACAGAGAUGUAGUUUUAAAUGUGGCACUGUUGAAUAGUGAACGUACCAAGUUGGCUGGAGCACGAAAAAUAACAAUUUAUGCGCAGGAUGAUGUCUUUUUAGCUACUAAAUGGACGACCAGAAACGGUGACACCAAUUUGAGCCUCAUCGAAAUGAGACGAGCGGAUUCGAUGGAAUGGGAUCCUUUUUAAUGAAUAUAAUUUUCAGAAUAGAAAAUGUUUAUUCAAACUAUCAAUCAGUUCAAUAUUCCAUUUGAAUUUAAAAAUAAAAUCAGAUUCGUUUUUAAGAAAACGCUAU